GGGGUUACCCCCGGACCUAAGCGGGGGGCGGGGACACAGGAAGGGCCAGGAGGGUGUGGGGCGCUGGAGGAAGCCUGGCAGACGCGAGCCGGGCCCGGUUAGCCAUGGGGGAGGUGGAGAUCUCGGCGCGGGCCUACGGGAAGAUGUGCCUGCACGCCGCCCGCUACCCGCACGCCGCGGUCAACGGGCUGCUGCUGGCGCCCGCGCCGCGGUCGGGAGAAUGCCUGUGCCUCACCGACUGCGUGCCGCUCUUCCACAGCCACCUGGCGCUGUCCGUCAUGCUGGAGGUCGCCCUCCACCAGGUAGACGUGUGGGGCGCGCAGACCGGCCUGGUACUGGCUGGGUACUACCAUGCCAAUGCGGCUCUCCAUGAUCAAAGCCCUGGGCCCCUAGCCUUGAAAAUCGCUGGGCGGAUUGCAGAAUUCUUCCCUGAUGCAGUACUUAUUAUGUUGGAUAACCAGAAACUGGUGCCUCAGCCUCAUGUGCCCCCAGUCAUCGUUCUGGAGAACCAAGGUCCCUGCUGGGUCCCCAAGGACAAGAACUUAGUGAUGUGGAGGGACUGGGAAGAGUCACGACAGAUGGUGGGAGCACUCUUGGAGAGCCGGGCCCAGCAGCACCUUGUGGACUUUGACUGCCACCUUGAUGAUAUCCGGCAGGAUUGGACCAACCAGCAGCUCAACACCAAAAUCACUCAGUGGGUUGGUCCCACCAAUGGAAAUGCCUGAGCCAGGGCCGGAGGGUGUGUGUUUGUGUGUGUAUGUGCCAGGAUCCAAUAAAGAGACUUGAGCUAGUGGA